CAUUGAAAAAUCCUCCAUGAGGCUCAUUUUCAGUACAUCCAUCUUUUAAAGUCCUGGAUUCUCCUUUUGUUGCAAAUGUCAGUUUUUCCAUCAAUAACGAGCCUGAAAGUUCGCGGAUGCUUUAGUGUCUUUUUCCAGCUGUUUAAAAGAUAACAUGAAGAUGACAAAAAUAUUCUUCUUCUUCUUCUUCUUCUUCUCACCUCUUAUGUUACACACAGCAGGAAACACAUGAAGUAAACAUGAUUUGGGGAACAGAGGAAGAUCAUCACUAACAAUGUGGGAAACAUGUUAUAUCACUUUCUUCUAAAACUCUUUGAUAACAGGACGUCCCCAUGAACGGUGGUGUCGUGUCCCUUCAUCUCCGUUACAUUUAAUGCACUGAUCUGUGAUGAGGGUGAUGUCAGGUUCAUAUGAGGACACAGGAACUCCUACAGAGCUGAUACUGUAUGUAGCUGUAGAUAAAAACAUGACGUCUGUCUGUCUCUGCAGGUCAAACAUGCCGUUGGUGAAGCGGAUCAUUGAACCCAGAUAUCUGUGUCGUGGCGCUCUGCCCGAUGGGGUCGCCAGUGAGCUGGAGUGCGUCACUAACAGUACUCUGGCUGCUGUCAUCAAACAGCUGGGAGGACUCAGUCGCCAUGCAGAGGACAUCUUUGGCGAGUUGUUCACAGAGGCCAACAGUUUCUAUCUGAGGAUGAGCAGCCUGCAGGAGCGAGUGGACCUGCUGGCAGUGAAGGUCACCCAGCUGGACUCCACCGUGGAGGAAGUGUCUCUGCAGGACAUAAACAUGCGAAAGGCUUUCAGGAGCAGCACCAUCCAGGACCAGCAGGUGGUGUCACGGAGCUCCAUCCUCAACCCAGUGCUGGAGAUGUACCAACGCUGCGACAAACCCCCUCCCCUCAACAUUCUGACGCCUUACAGGGACGAUAAGAAGGAUGGUCUGAAGUUCUACACCGACCCGUCUUACUUCUUCAGCUUGUGGAGGGAAAAGAUGCUGCAGGCCACCGAGAACAAACGCAAAGAGAAGAGACGACAGAAGGAGCAGAAGCAUGUUGAGGAGUCUUCAGGACGGGAGGUGAAGAAGGUCCGGAAAGCUCGUAACAGACGGCAGGAGUGGAACCUGAUGGCCUACGACAAGGAGCUCCGCCCAGACGCUCGAGUCACACCGUCACCUUACCACACCUCCGACGGAUCGCUGUCACCUGACAGGUCAGACGACCCCUGCAGCCCCCACCACCAUGACGCCCAGGGGCAUGAUGGGAAGGAUCAUGUUGCCAUGGUGACUGGUGGCAGCGGUCAGACUCAGUCAUUGGACCGCGCCCUCCGACCUGCCUCUGUGUCCUCUGCGGUUGCCGCGACAACCGCCCGGCAGCACUCUCUGGGCCGCAACCAGCCACAUCAUCACCACCACCUGGCACCGGCCAAUCAGAACGGAGCACGGCCCAACGCAGCCAAGGAGGCCAAUGAUCAUCAGAUCCCGCCGGCGCCCCCGCCACCGCCCCCUCUCAUGCCAUCAGCGGGUCAGAUGGCGUUCCCUGACAACUCCAUCCACACCACUACCAUGGCAACGCCGCUUCACCCUGCGGCCGCUCCUGGUAACCAAGGUGGCGCCGUCCUCUCUCGCCCCUACAGCCCCUCCCCUCCUCCCCCUCCCCCAGCCAACUAUGUCCCCUCCCCCUCCCGGCCCGGAGGCCAAGCCCCACCUUCAGCCACUAACGCGCCUCCGUUGCCCCUGGCGACGGACGGCAGGAAGCCUCCCAGCGGACCAAACGUGCCGAUGAAUGACGCCCGCAGCGACCUGCUGGCCGCCAUACGCAGAGGGAUCCAGCUCAGGAAGGUCCAGGAGCAGCGGGAGCAGGAGGAGGCCAAGAAAAGGGAGCCGACAGGAAACGAUGUCGCCACCAUCCUGUCGAGACGCAUCGCUGUGGAGUACAGCGAAUCAGAGGAGGAGUCUGAACCCGAAGACCAGGAGUGGUCUGACUGACGAGGAGGCAGGAGAGGAGAGGA